AUGGAAACUUAUCUAGAUGCCAUGGAUAUAUGGGAGGCAGUUGAAGAGGAUUAUGAAAUUCCUCCAUUGCCUGACAAUCCAACUAUGGCCCAGAUCAAGAACCAUAAAGACAAGAAAAUCAGAAAAUCAAAGGCAAAAGCCUAUCUAUUUUCAGCAGUAUCUUCUUUAAUUUUCACUCGAAUUUUGUCUCUAAAGUCAUCCAAAGACAUAUGGGAUUAUAUCAAGUUAGAAUAUGAAGGGGAUGAGAGGAUCAAAGGUAUGCAAGUUUUGAAUCUUAUAAGAGAUUUCGAGAUGCAGAAGAUGAAAGAAACUGAAACCAUAAAAUAUUACUUUGAAAGGCUCCUGAACAUAGCCAAUAGAUUAAGAUUGUUUGGUUCCGUGUUUAAUGAUUCUCGUAUUGUUGAAAAAAUUCUGGUAACUGUGUCGGAAAGAUUUGAAGCAACCAUAACUACUUUAGAAAACACCAAGGAUCUGUCCAAGAUCACCUUGGCGGAGUUGUUGAUUGCUUUGCAGGCUCAAGAACAACGAAAGGUCAUGAGAGAUGAAGGAAAUAUCGAGGGAGCAUUGUUUGCGAAGCCUCAAGAUGGAGGCAAAAAUAAAAAGAAUAAGAACAAGAAGAAUGAUGAAAGCGCUCCAACAGUUGAGGUACUAAUGACAAACGACAAGGAUCUCUUUAAGAAAUUAAAGCCUACGACCAUUACUAAAGUCAAAAUAGGUAACAGUAAAUAUAUUCCUGUACAAGGAAAAAGAACGGUUGCUAUUCCAAUUCACUCGGGUACAAAAACAGUUUCUAAAAUGCUUUAUGUACCUGAAAUAGAUCAGAACUUGCUUAGUGUUGGUUAA